CAAGAUUAAUUAUUUAAAAAAAGUAUUGAAAUUGGAAAAAGAGAAUUUUUCCGGCGACAUAACUUGAUGAUUCCAGCUUAAAAUCUGCAUCCAUAAAUAAAGUAACAGCAUAUUUUUCUCACCAUAAUUUUCAAAAAACAUACCCAAUACCUAGAUUAACAAAACAUAAACAACCGAAACCUCGCUACUACACUUUAUAACAAAUCGUAUUCGCUUGCUACCAAAGAAAAAAAAAAGAAGAAAAAAGAAAGAACGAAACAUUUCCCGGUGACGUUUCUGCAAAUCCUACUCUUUGCCCAAUGAAAAUUCAUGAAAUAUAAUCGUCAGAGUGACGUCACGCAGAUACGAAGCAAUCGGGCCGCCUAUUUUUCCUAAGUUGUCAGAGACUUUGAAACCGGGGACCGAAGUGUUUUCUGAAUCCCUACGAAUGCAGGUGGUUCCUUGAAAUCGUGCUGUCAUUUCUUAUAUUUGUUGUUGUUGUUAAGCCGGCCGGAAUUUUGUGGUGCACCGUUUGUUUGUAGGAUACUGUUUAUGUUAGGUUCUUCAUGGUACGUUCUUUUAGUAAAAGAAAUCGACGCGGUGAACUGGUAUGUGUUUAUCCCGACGUUGAUUUAAUUAAAAGUUGUGAUCCUAACGAUAUAAUGUUUUCUUCUGAUGAUACUAUGGAUCCUGAUGUCAUGGAGGAAUGUCAGAAUCUCGCUGAAGAAAUGCAUUUAGAUAGCGAUGCAGAUUGGACCCAGAUCUUAGAUCAUCAGCCUAUAGUUUUAAACGAUCGAAUGAUGACAGAUGCUGUUCAAUCUCCACAUAUUCAAUCCGAGCAUAGUUAUUCUCUUACACUUAAUGAUGAACUACCGCAAUCCCCCUUUGGGCAUAACAUUAAACUUGAAGACUACGAUAAAGAUAUGGAAUCAGAAUGCUUUCCUGCUGUAUCUAUAUCGUCAAGCAGUGGUCAAACAGACUUUGUUGAAGACAUAAUCAUCAAACAAGAGCCGGCAUCUCCUCCACCAGCAGAAACAUCUUCUCGUUCCCACAAUCUGUCCACAAUAUCCUCCCUCCUCAAUGCUCCGUCACCACCUUUGUCUUCAGCAUCAUCUGCUUUGCAUCCUCAAUCCCUCCUCAAGCAGCCUACCAUAGUUCUUGCUGCAAGGCCAUCUUCUCUUCAAUCUUCAACUUCCAGAGACAACCAAAUGCUUUAUCCCAAAGUCAACAUCAAAGUGGAACCUGCAGUCUCAAGAGCUGGUAGAAAAUUGAAGACUAGUGCAAGAACGAGGGAUUUUAGCAAUAUUGAAGCUAGUGGAUUUUCACUUCCUCCGACUCCUCCUUCUUGCAAUGGUAGUGAUUCUGAGGGAAGUCUUUCUCCAGUCCAUGGCAGUUCCUCCUCACACUCAUCUUCAUCAUUAGGUUUACUUUCCACUUCAUCAUCUUCAUCUUCAUCCACUCAGUCUUCGGGACACACUGGAGGACGAAAGUCACAUGCAAAGGUUGUAAUGCCUGUCACAUCAAAGCAUUCUAGUAAUAGCCAAACAGCUCUUAUCAGUAGUCAACCGAAAGGUGCCACUGGAGUUUUACAUCUGACAGAUGAAGAGAAAAGAACCUUAUUGGCUGAAGGCUAUCACAUUCCACAAAAAUUACCUCUCACUAAAGCCGAAGAAAGGUCCUUAAAGAAAAUAAGAAGGAAGAUUAAAAAUAAAAUAUCUGCUCAAGAAAGUAGACGGAAGAAAAAGGAAUACAUGGAUGCUUUAGAAAAAAAAGUGGAAAUCCUUUCUUGUGAGAAUUCAGAGUACAAGAAGAAAUUGGAUUCUUUGGAGGGAAACAAUAGAUCCCUUCUUUCUCAACUGCAACAUCUACAAGCCAUUUUAAGUGAUAUGCCUAGCAAAAGAAGUCGUAAUGCAGCCACACAGACCCUUCCUAGUUUAUCUUCUGUGAGGCAUAAUGAUGGUGUAGUUAAUUCUGAAGUUUCUUCUGAAGUGAGAGAAAAUGGAGAUGCCAAACGAAGGUAGCAACAUUGCACCUAUAGAGUUUGUAUACAUUCCGAGAAUUGGAGUGUUCUGAAGCGUCAUAUGUCCUCCAUAUUUUUGAAUAAGUGGUUUGCUGUUCAUGUGCUUAUAGCUUUUAUUAUGUCAUCCACUUCAACCAGAGACUUAUUUCCCUUCAUCUGUUUUUCCAUGUUCUAAAUUAUGGGAUAAGUGUCUCAUGGUAUCAUUAUGCAUUUUUCUGGACAUGACUUCAGAAUUUGAACUCUACUAAUUUUUCUAAUGUGUAGCCAAAAUUUUCCAGAAUGUUUUUUUUUUUUCUUUUCUUGUUAUGUCUUGUACUUCAGAUUCUAUGACACUGCUGAAAUGCUUGUCGAUUAUUGUUUCUUUUUUUAAAUUAUAUAAUUUUGAGAGUUUAAUUUUGAUUUUGUUUUCUGCCUGCCACAUGUUUAUAAAAUAUAUGUCUGAAUGAAAUAUGCCAUUUUAAAGUUUAUUGUUGAUGAAUGCAUUUGAAAUAUGUUUGAGAAAAUUGAUUUAUUCCUUAUUCUAUUAUCUAUAUUUUAAAUAAAUUAACAUACUAUUUUAAAAGGAGUUUUAAUUUUAAACUGAAAAAUAGCAUAACAAUAUAGCAGUUUAUAAAUUUCACAUUGGUCAACAAAUUUAACGAAACUAUUUUGAAAUUAAAAUUGCAAAAAAGAUGAGUCGAAUAAUAUUAAAAAUAAUAAAAUAAAAGUUAUUCUCAAAUCAUAUUAAAAUACAGUAAAUGUACUUUAACUUAUUUGACCAUAGAUUUAUUUUAAUUUAACCAAUGAAGCAAAUAUUCAUGUUUAGAUUUUAUUUCAUCUUAAAGAUAUAUUUUUCAUUUAUGAAAUCACUGUUUCAAAUCAUUUUUAAAAUUAACAUACCUAGUUUUAAAUAUUUGUAAGAUGUGUCGUUUUUUAUGUUUUUUUACACAUCAAUUUAACUAAGGGUCCAUAAAUAGUUAUAUGAAUUGAUGUUUAAAUUAUCUUAAACUACACAUUAUUAAAAUUAUGUAAAUGACAACAGAUUUAGAAUUUAAUAAAGGUAUAAACAUUUGAAAUUUUUGAUCUUUAUAACAAUAUAAUUUUAUCAAAUAUAUCUCACAAUUAAUGAUAUCUACAGAAAUAUACAUAUGUCCAUGUAAAUGUAACAUGAAAGUCUCAUGGUACAAAAGAUUGACUAUAUUUUUUGGAAGAUUUAAUCUAUUUAUAAAAACUUAUAAACCUUAGCAAAUGUCCAUACUAAAGGUAAAUAGAUUCCCUGUUUUAAUGCCUAUUCAAAAAUUUACGCUUACAUUAUGAAAUAAGUAAAGAAUAUUUUUUCCUUCAUUUUUUCUUCUUUUUUUAGGUUUUCAAAGGCUCUUUAGAAGUAUUAACUUUCAUAUUCAGAGAAAAGUUUUAUUUCAUGCUAGAUACGGUAAACUGUGUUGUGAUAUAAAAUACUUUUUCAUAAAUUAUAUUUUUUCGGUGAUAUUGAAGUGAUUAGGUGUUGAGUGCCAAAAAACUCAUUCUGUUACUACAUUUUUCUUAUACAUCUCAUUAUUUCUAUUUUUCAACCUUUGAAUUACUAAGAAAAAUUCUACAUUCCAUUGCAGCUAUCCAUAAAAAAACCAACACUAACAUUUUCCUUUUUUGUUAAUCCUAACCUCCAAACCUUUUGAGAUUAAUACAAAUACUAUUGUGAAGUGUUUUAUUAGUUCUGUCUACAUAUCUGUUGAUUAUGUAAAACACAUAAUUUUCAAGUUUUAAGUAAAUUUAGAUAUGUUAGUGUUUAUUUGUAAGAAACACAAUGGAAAUUUAAAAGUUGAUUAAACUUGAGAAAAAAGUGCCUCGGAGAAAAACUAAGUCAGGGUAUCAAAAUAUUUUACUGUGUUUCAUUAUAUUCAUUAAUCUUCAAAUAAGAACUUCAUAUUUUUCUAUCUGAUUUUCUCAACAGUGGCAUAUACUUUGUUAGUUGAAUAUUUUAAUGUGUUUUUCAUUUAAACUUUAGAUUGUAUUUUUGAAUUUCAGACUUUUCUAAUAGCAUUGUACAUAUCAUAUCCAUUUCCUUACAGAAAAUUUGCAUUGUGUUUCAAGAAAGUACUUAUGUUUGUGACAUGGCCGUGCCUUAAUAUGGCCCAUUAUUUACUUGAGCAACUAGUCUAUAAGCACUAAUUUUUAUAUUAUAUAUAUACAUAUAUAUAUUAGCUUAAUGGUAAGGGUUGAUGUUAUUUACUGGGAAGAUUGAUUUACUAGAUCAUUUAUGUGCAAUGUUUUCAUUAAUGUAGCUUUUUAUAAUUAUGAGAGCCUAUACAGAUAUUUUGAUGAAGAAUACUUUAAACAUUCAAACUUCAGGUUUAAGUGAAGUGUUGACUAGAUUGAUUUGUAGAUUUUUUUACUUGUACAGGUUAAAAUUAUUUUUGUCAUUAUCAAGUCUAUAAAUUGUUAUGUCACAAAUUAACCUUUUUAAACUUAAAAACAAAGUUGUAAAAACAAAUGUUAUGCUUAAAAUAUUAAACACUCAACAUUUCAUUCAAUCCUGAUGAAAAUAUAUUUUUGACAGCCUUCAUCAAAAAUUUUAUUUUUGGGCAAUAUAUUUGAAUGUUAAAAAAAACACAUCAAUGUCCAUUUCUGUGACAUAAGUUAUAUAUAAAUGAUAUAGAAUAUAUGUAUACACUAUAUAUUAUAUAAGAGAAAAAUAACUAUGUUUUAAAAUUCAUAUACACUCAUUGGUCAUUAAAAUAUUUCUGAUAUUCAUUUCAUAUGGAAGAACAUUUAUAUUGUCACUUUGAAUUUUCAAGUUCCUGAUUACAUAUUAAAAAUGUAUUAAAAUUAGUGUUUUAAGCAAAGCUUUUGUAUAUCUGUUUGAGUUUUAUAGAGAAAUAUAUUUAUAUAUUCAAAUGAAAACAAUUUGUCAAUUCUAAUAUAUUUAUUGCACGAGAUUUUAACAACACAAUUCAAUUUGCAUUUUUGCAUCCUAUUUAUUUGGAUUCAUGAAAUGAUGAAUAUCAGUAUCAUUGUUUAGGUAAUAUAGGAGAUGUAGAUAUUUAUUUAUUAGGUGUAAUUUCAAAUUAUUAUAGUUCAUACAUUUCACUAAUUUAUUAAAUUACUUUCCAUGAGUAGUUGAUUCAUAAGGAAUCUCAGUAAGUCAUUGGAAAAAUACAAUAGUUUGUUUGAUAAAAUACAUCUUUUAUAAAUAAAUUUAUUAAAUUAAAAUUUAUUAUUUUGUAAAUGUUAAAAAAAAAGCAUAGUGGUUUUCUUUUGAAUACCUGUUAUUGUGACAUUUGUUGGUCUGCUUCUGUACAAAUGUUUUGUAAAAUAAAGUAUAAAAUGUA